CGUGACUACUGUGACGUCAAAGUCAAAUAUGGCGGCUUGACGGCGAAGUCUUGGUUUUGACAGAAGUUGUUGAAACUGGAAAAUAUUAAUUAUUUCUUACGUGCGACAUUUGGUUCAUCAUCGGCCAAGAUUGUGCUGAAGUGAAAAUGAUAUUUUCCUGAUUAUCUCGUAUACGUGAUUCUGUCGGAGCACAUUGCCUCAUUUUGUGCCGACAUCAAAUCCAUAACAUUGCCAACUCUGGACCUUUCUUGAAUUGUUGCUGAUCUUAGUCCUCAAACUUAAUAAAUACCAAUUAUAUUAGUUCCACAAAAAUGUGGAACAUGAUGUGUGAUGUGAUGCCUACUAUUACGGAAGAUGCCAGCCAACUAUCACAAAGAUCCUCCCAACUGCUGUCAGGGGAAGAAGGAAACCUUGAACAGCUCAUGGUCUCUAUGCUGGAUGAAAGAGACCGGCUAGUAGAUUCUCUACGCGAUGCACAAGAUCGUAUGGGAGAGCUGGAAGCUCGAUUAGCUGAUGCAGAAAAAGAACGGGAUUGCCUUCAACGCCAGAUGGCCGCAUCUUUACCUCAGGAAUUGGCGUCAUUAACUAAAGAGCUGGCCCAGUCUAGGGAACAGCUUCUGGAAAAAGACGAAGAAAUUACCGAACUCAAAGCUGAGAGGAACAACACUAGGCUUCUGUUGGAACACUUGGAAUGCUUGGUGUCCCGCCAUGAACGAUCUUUGCGAAUGACGGUUGUCAAGCGACAAGCAGCAAAUAGUGCAGGUGUUUCUUCCGAAGUCGAAGUCCUGAAGGCGCUUAAGUCAUUAUUUGAGCAUCAUAAAGCCUUGGAUGAGAAGGUUCGCGAACGAUUGAGGGUGGCGUUAGAACGGACAGCCGGUCUCGAAGAAGAGCUAACAACUACCAAAGAAGAAUUGCAACAUUUAAAGAAUGGGUCCAUGUCAGUGACGCACACCAGCACGGAUGGAAAUGGUGGUGCAGCUGGUGAGAGUGGUACUAGUGACGUUACUAACGCGACAAAUGGAACGUCCGAAGUUUCAGCUGAAGCUAGUAAAAUGACGGAACUGCAAUCAACGUUGGAGAAACAAAGUAGCGAAUUGACGGUUUUACAACGGAGACUAUUGGAAGCUGAAGAAGCUCUUCGUGCUGCUCAGAGGGAUGCCCAGAGAAGUCAGGAGUUACAGGCCCGACUUCAACGUGAUCUUCACGAGAAGAGCGCGCAAAACCAAGAUCAGGAGGAGCGCAUUGCUACAUUAGAGAAACGAUACUUGAAUGCCCAACGUGAAUCAACGUCUCUUCACGACUUGAACGAGCGAUUAGAGCAAGAGCUGCGUAAUAAAGACGCACAACUUAAGUUGCAAGAGGACAGGGUCCGCACUAUGGAAGAGAAAUUGGAGCUGGCUGAUCAGAAAGUUACCCAGCUCUCGAAACUACCCGAGGUCCAGCAUGAAUUAACUCAAGUUCAAGAGCGCCACGGUACGGCUGAGGAUCGCAUCCAGAGACUGGAAAGCCAAUUAGAAGAGAAGUCAACUGAAGUGGCUAAGUUGCAGCAGAGACUGAGGAUUAACGAGGAACAUAAUUCACGUCUAUCCUCAACUGUUGAUAAGCUUUUACAAGAAUCAAACGACCGGUUGCAAGUUCAUCUCAAAGAGCGUAUGUCGGCGCUAGAAGAGAAAAAUCACCUAACGCAAGAUCUAGAUAAAUCAAGAAAGUGUCUAGAAGAUUCGCUUAAAGAAAAGGCCGAAAUCUUGAAAGAACUGAACAAAUCGCGUUUAGAGAUGGACGGCGUGCGGCGCCAACUUCUCCAACAAGAAAUUGCCCUUAAUAUUCAGCAGACGGACGAGUUGACUCGCUCCCUCUCGCCCCACCCAAUGGAAACGUCGUUCGUUGACACGCGUUCCUUACCGCGGUUGCCAAAAGCCCGCAAAGGUGUACGUGGAAUGGAUGAAGGUGAUCAGUGGGGACUCAACAAUGCUACCUCUCCAUCCAUGGGCUUAGAUUCCGGACGCAAUUGCGAUAUGAGUGAUGUGCGGGUAAACAGUCGAGCAAUGGGGGAUGAAGAUGAUGAAGAUGAACUAGAAGAUCAAGACGAGCGCGACAGUCCACAAGAGGGAGGUAUGAUGGAUGCGGGUCACGACUAUCAUCAUCAAGGCUAUCUAAACGACCUCGGUGAUCUGGCCGAUCUGGGAGCUAUGCUCUCUCCUUCCAGCCACACGGACGCCCAGACUCUGGCUCUUAUGCUACAGGAGCAAUUGGACGCCAUCAAUCAAGAGAUUAGAUUGAUUCAAGAGGAAAAGGAUAAUACGGUAGCUCGAGCCGAAGAGCUUGAAUAUCGAGUCAGCAGUCUCGACCACUUGGUGACGAAUCACGUUCCGGUGACAGGCAGUGGCCGAUCCACUCCUCGUGUGAGCGGUGGGAGCGGAGGAGCUGGCGGGACUUCUUCCAAUCACAGUCCGGUGGUUCCUUCGAGUUCAGCCGCUGGAUACAACAACAAUCCAAAUGCCAGCAAUUCUUCUUCACCAUUAACUGCCCAACUAAAUCCUGGGAAUAACGCCGCUGCUUCACCCCAACGAGACUACCUUCACAAAUUUCACACGAUCCCUAGAAGCCGAGACAUCAACCUAUACGAAACACUGGCUGAGUGGUCAUCAGGACAAGCGAUGGGAUGGGCCUACACUUCUGCAUCUCCUGAGAGUUCUCUACCCAAUACGCAAGUGUCGACACCCUCUUUCCAGUAUCCAUCGCUCAGUCAGGGUCAAUUAAAUGAAUCUCAGAUGGAUUCGCGUUCCCUUCGUCUGGACCGCAUCCAACAAGCUCUGGCAAUGACUUCCGAUGAAAUGCGAAGUAAACGAACAAAAGAUUACUCGGAUCACCUCAGGAGUUCACUGGGCGAAAGCAUCCCUUCAAUUACAUCUAGCCAGGAUUCGUUAGCUCCAGUCGGUCUGUACCAGCGACCGACAGGUAUGCCCAAUGCUGCCGAGUCUCCGUCUGCGUCGUCGAUCCAGCUUCAACAGCAACAACAGCCGCAGAGUCAACGAGCGGAGCAGCAUAAGAAGAAAGGAAUUAAAUCUUCGCUGGGCAAAUUCUUCAGCAGCAAGAAGGAGAAGACUGGCAAGAGUAGCAAAGAUAGUCUGUCGUCAACCAGUGGGGCCAUGUCUCCUUUGGCCAGUCGGAACGAUGAGACUAGUGCGAGAGAUACCAUCGCUUCUCUUAGCAUGGGUCUGAACGUCGAUCCCGAAUGGGGAGUCCCAUUGUCGGCAACACCGACUCCUACCGGCACACCGGCAUUGGGUCAGAAAGACUUUGAUCGUCGAAUCAAGCGAAAGCAUGAACUGCUGGCGGAAGCUAUGAAAGCUGGAACACCGUUUGCUCUGUGGAACGGUCCUACAGUUGUAGCUUGGUUGGAAUUGUGGGUGGGCAUGCCACCCUGGUACGUUGCAGCUUGCAGAGCCAAUGUUAAAUCAGGAGCCAUUAUGUCGGCACUUUCGGACACGGAAAUCCAGCGGGAAAUUGGCAUUAGCAACCCCCUUCACCGGUUGAAGCUGCGACUGGCCAUCCAGGAGAUGGUGACUCUCACCUCGCCGUCGGCUCCUCGUACGGCCCGAACCACGUUGGCCUUUGGCGACAUGAAUCACACAUGGGUCGGGCAUUAUUGGCUCCCAUCCCUCGGUCUUACUCAAUACCGAUCGGCCUUCAUGGAGUCGCUAGUGGAUGCUCGUAUGCUGGACCACCUGACGAAGCGCGAGCUCCGCGGACAGCUCAAGAUGGUUGAUGCCUUCCAUCGAACUAGCCUUCAAUACGGCACGUUGCUGCUGAAGCGUCUCAAUUACGACCGGCGCUUGCUAGAAGAACGACGACGACAAGCAGAUAGUGACAAUGAGAGUCGCGACGUUCUCGUUUGGACCAAUGAACGAGUCAUUCGUUGGGUAGCCGCCAUUGGUCUCAAGGAAUUUGCCAAUCAUCUGCUCGAAUCUGGAGUACAUGGCGCCCUAUUGGCGCUGGAUGAGAGUUUCGACAGCAAUGCGAUGGGAUUGGCUUUACAAAUUCCUACCCAGAACGUCCAGGCGAGACAAGUGGUGGAACGCGAGUUUGGCGCUUUAUUGGCCUGUAUUACUGAGCGUACCCAGGACGGAUCCGAGUUCAUUAACCAACAGCACACGUCCACACAUUUGGCUUGAUAGCAGUACGUGUUCCAUUCGUCUUAUUCUCUAUAAAGAAAAGAAAAGAUAACCUUCUCCUCCUCUUUUAAUAUCCGUCUUAUUUCACAGCGGACCUGUCUAUAUUAUUAUCUAUGUCCGCUUAUUUCACACAGCAAGUCAUGUUUCGUUUACCUAAAGAAAAUCCUUCAAGUUCCCAAAUCAGACUAUUAAAAAAAGCCAGAUCAGAAAGUGUAGGGCCAAAAUGAAAAGUCAAAAUAUCCUCUUAAAAGAAAUAACAUAGCCAGUGCAAAGAAGAAGAUAAAAAAAAAAAUUAAAAGCUACAAAAAUAUCUACUGAAGAAGAAAAAAAUCCAGGUUUCACGUGUGUUUGUUUCCCCCUCUAAAAAUGUAGGAGUUGACCUCUCCUCAAUAGCUCCUGUCUCUCAUCCAAUUCACGCUACAUGUACAUUCGUCGUGUUUUAGCAUCACCUUGUUCACCACGUCUAUUCUUCCCUCCAUCUCCUUUUCAUCCAUCCCUGUGUUAAUUAUUAAUAUUCUCUUUCAAUGUGUCAAAAUGAUCGUCGUAGAGGCCCUUAUUUCUAUUCAAACAAAACUAAAAAAUAGCUAAGUCUAAGCCAGUACCUCUCCAUGGUAACUAAAAACAAAAAAAAAAAACUUUAAAAGAAAACACACACAAAAAAAUGCUAACGUAAUGCAUGUUCUGUGCGCGAUUUUUUCCCCUGUUUUAAGGCGUAUAAAGGAACGUUGACUACCCGAUUGAAAAUGGUGAUGCUCUUUUGGCGUAUGUGAGAGAAGGAAUCCGCUCUGGGGAUCAAGAUGUGCAACUAAGAGUAGAAAGCGUUCCCGAUUCGUUGCCUCCCUUCCUUUCGAAUCUUCUCGUACCCUCCGUCGUAAAAGAAAAGAAAUGAACGUGUUAAGUUCGCCACGGACUUGACUUGAAUUUCCUUCCUUUUCUUUUCUUUUAAAUUAUAACAAGAAAUAUUUACACUUUUUAGUUUUAUAUUGAGAAUGCCAAUACUGAUUCACGUAGUUGGCAGUUGGUGCCAUUUUUGAGAAAAAGCGACUUUCCACUUCCCCCAGUCUCAUCCGAGUAUCGGUUUAAAUUAAAUUUGUUUCUCUUUAAUUUCUUUUUCCAUUAAAUUACUUGAGCAGCAACUAAAGAUCCAGUGUGUGUGUAAAUACUUGUUUUCUUGAGCGCGUCACUUCUGUCGUAAUAACAUAAUAAUAAUAACAAUUCACUUGAUCAAAGGUUACCAAAAAAGCUGCAUAAUUAUAAUCUGUAGGGUUUCUUUUAGACAGCCUAUCAACGGCAAAUCUGAGAAAAAGUUAUAUCCUCCUCCAACUCGAAAGAAAAAACUAGCAGUCUUAUUCAUUCAUGAGAAUAGGCUACCGUAUGUAACAUUACUUUCAGUGCAAAAUUUUUAAUUCAAUGUGCAUCACUCGUCGCUGGCAAAGAAAAAAAAAGAAAAACUA